CUCGACGUAUAAUCCUCUUCACCUAUGUUCAUCCUUCAUCCCUCCAGUCUAUUCAAGGUCGACAUCUGGCGCCCUUAGUCAGAUCCACUACGUAACCGCCCCUAGGUUACGCCGCCUAUCCUUCCUCCUUCCUUUACAAGGACUGGGAAAGGGAGGACGAAGAUAGCGGUAGACGUCGUCAUUCAACAACGUCACUUCCACAUGAGUCAACCUUGCGUCGCGUGUAUAUUAUGAUCUCGCCUGCAGGAUCUAUCUUCCCGUACCUAUUUUGCCAACUAUCUUCAUGCCUCGGCAAGUCUACUCUUGUUUCUACCACGCUUCCUGUUCCAGUCGAGGUCCGACGAGCAAUCAUGUCCGGCGUCGUGAUUGAAUCCUCCGGGCAUAAGCCCACCCUCACCUCUGUCGCAGGCACCUCCCAUGACCACCUCGACUUCAUCCGUCCUCAGCUAUCCGGAUCCCUCAAAGUACGCAAAUGCAGUAAGUCCCUUCCUCUAUGUUGUAUAAAUUUAGGUUCUGCGCACACCUGCGAUGUCAAUGAUAUCUAGGUAGAGAGCGUGCUAUUAGCCAGACAUGGCAUUGAAACGCCACCAUACACCUGACGACCUUUCAACAGCUGUCUCAAGGUACUCGUACAGAACAAGUCGACCAAGUUAGCACGCAAGAAGGCCGCCGGGGAAGAGCGCUGGGCGGCCCUCGCCGCGUGACGUCACACUCUCCCUUGACCUGCUGCCAAAGUGAACUGAUGCCUCUGUUGCCUCUCUACAAUCCCCACCAUGUCCAGCUACGACCCAGUCAUCGACGAGGUCAUCACCCCAGAGCAGUUCCGCCAGUCCAUGCGUCUGGUCCGGCUCCAGAUCGCCGUCCCCAUCUCCGUCCUUAUUGCUCUUGGUACGAACCUCGUAUGCGCCCUCGUUCUCAAGCCUGGUCUUACCGGGAUCAGUGCACUGUUUCCCACGCUGCUCACCCCGAACUCGCUCAUGCUCGAGUUCUAUUAUGCCUUGCUGUUCAGUCUACAAAUCGGAUUCUGCCUCGUACUCCUCUUGGCCAGAAAAGACGUAACAAAGCAGACACUGGUACACGGUGUCGGGCUGAGAUUCGCCCUCGCCAAUUGGCUCCAAGCCGCCUGGGCCGUCUUCUUCACCCUCCAAUUCUUUAUCGGCGCCGAAGCUGUCCUCCUCCUAAACGCCCUCAACAUCCUCUCCAUCCACCUCACCCUCCUCCCCUACCCUCCCACGCUCAAACGCCCCCUCGACGCGCUUUUCAUUCACGCCCCCAUGACCAUGUUUCUCGCCAUCUUGUUCCAGGUGGACUGGAUCCAUACGGGAUUUAUAGCGAUGGGCUGGGUGACGAGUGGGAAGGAGAGUUGGGGGAGGUGGACGUGGCAGGCGGUGGGGUGCGUGGCGGGGACGCAGGUUGUUAGUGCGAUUUGGUCAGGUAUCAGGAGGUUAUAUCUUCUGACAACAGCAAGCAUCUACCUCAUCCUCUCCCUCCUCUUCUCCUCCCCCCGCUCCAACCCCGAACUCCCCUCCACCCAACGCCCCAAGCCCACCCCCCUGCUGGUGGUGCUCAUCGCCUGCCUGGCGCUGCAUCCGAUUACGUUGUUGGUGGGGGUGGCGUGGAAGAGGAGUUUGGAGAGGCAGGGGAGGAUCAGGUUGGAGGAGGAUGUGGAGAGGGCGGAGGAGCGGGAGGGGGGUGGGCAUGGGCAUGGGCAUGGGCACGGGGGUGAUGGGGAGAGGUUUAGGGAUGACGAGUGA